AUGAAUAACAGAUGGUGGAACUUGGCUUGCCAACAUGUAAAGUUUUCUUUGAUUUUCCUGCUGGCCUGGAGCUCUGUUUUUUGGGGAAGCAGCUGUACUGUAUAUCGGAUAAGAAAAUCUGAUAUGGGCUUAAAAACUUUGGAGGAGCUAGUCUCAAUAAGAAAGACUUUGGAUAGGCAGGCUGUGAAGCUUAAUGGAUUGGAGAGAAAUCUUCACCGCGUGCUGAGCAAGGUGCUCUUUCUCUCCGAUGCGGAUGUGCAUGCCCCAGGGAGAUUCUCCUCCAAGGAAGAUCCUUUGACAGAACUAUCAGAGCGUCUAAAUAAAUUGCUUAAAAGACUAAACCAGUUGGAGGAUCUAGAUCUGGAUUCUAUAAAAAAUUUAGAAACUUCUUUGGAACCGAACUUACAAAAGGAUGUGCCAAAAGUUGAUUUCAACCAGCCCGCCAAAUCGGAUUGUUAUGAACUGGACGAAGACCUGCGAGUAGAUGGCGUCUAUAGGUUCCUGGUUCCCGAGCGGAAUGAAGUCCAACGCGAUUUGCACGAGCGUUACUGCGCCUUUGCCACCGAUGGUCCCGCCUGGACGGUGAUCCAGAACCGAGGUGGCGCCUUCGAUCCCAUCGAGAACUUUAAUCGCACUUGGGACGAGUAUCGCGCGGGUUUUGGCAAUUUAUCUCGGGAUUUCUGGUUCGGCAACGAGUUCACGCACAAGAUUCUCUAUCGCGACGAUCAUGAGUUGAGGGUCGAGUUGCAGGAGGAGGAGGAACAGGACACGGUGGAUUGGGCAGAGUACCCAGUUUUCCGGCUGGACAGCGAGCGCUACAACUAUCAGCUUUUGGUGGAGGGAGAGAUCCGGGGUUCGCUGCCAGGUGCUUUGGAGCAGCUCAAUGGGAUGGAUUUCAGCACCUACGAUCGGCGGAGGGAUCCCCAGGAUCCCGGGAGCACCGGGGAUUCCACCUGUGCCCAGGAGUACGGCGGAGGUUGGUGGUUCGAUCGCUGCUCGCAGUCCAAUCUGAAUGGAGAACUUGGUGUCCACCAGAGACGGAGUCCAGCCAUCAUCUGGUCGAAUUGGCGGACGGGGACCGAAAAACCGAAAAGGUCGCGCAUGAUGAUACGACCCGUGAACCCAAUUCCGGGGGGCUACUUUUACGAGGAGUAGAUUUACAAGGACGAGAUUUAAAAGCAAAUGUAGCUAGAGUUCCA